AUGGACUGGCAGUCGGCGAUAAUGAAGAAGCCAUGCGUCACGCAGGAGGCCGCAAGGCUGAUCUGGGGAAAGUUUUCAGAGCCCAUGUUGAUUCAGUCCGAAGACGAAAGUUGGUACGUUGUAGAUCGAGAGUUCCUCGACAAUCUGCAGCUUCUCGCGAGUUACGGGACGUCUGAAGAUCCAGAGAGUCCAGGUCUUUCUUCUCAAGAUUUGCCGCUAAGAAUUCGGAACCGGCCUCUGCUGAGUGCGGCAAGCAGAGACAGACCGCGAGCGACGAAGUCCACGCGUCUCGACGACUCUGUCGCAUUUGCGCAAGGAGAACUCUUCGAAGUGGUAAACGAGGAGUUCUGGCGCCUGCUGAUGCAGCACUUUGAGGCAGAUAUCGAGGUGCCUCGGCGAGUGUAUCGCGACGGUCAACGUCUCAAAGUCGAGACGCAGCCUCUGCUCUUGGGCGUCUAUACACCCGAGAAUCCGGACUCUUCAGACAGUGCAGCCUUCGUCCUCGCUGGCAAUCUCCUCUUUUCUCACGGGGACACUGUUGAAGAAGCUCGCACAAAGGUCCUUGCAUUGGUGAACAACGCAACUUGGACUGUUUUGGUGGGCUUCCCCGAAGAGAAGGGCGCCACCCACCUCCGGCGGCUGUGUACAGACAGUCCAACUGCUUCUCUCUCAGAAGCAGACGUCGACGGGGAUGUCGCCUUCUUCGUCUGUCCGUCGGCGAUCGCCGAAGCGCGUCUUGCACUCUCGAAGCCUUGCGUGCAUCUCCCAGGGGAGACUCCGCGCUUGAACGGCCACCUCGACAAUGGCGAUUCUGCAUGCGUUUCAGAUCGCCCGGAGAAGCGUCGGCCGCUGCCUCUUCCCUGGGAGCCUUAUGCUCGUCUGAGUGCGGGGGAGCGGUCUCCAGAAUCGCCGCAGUUUGCGCUGGCAGACAAGGAAGGGGAGGGCGAGAAGCACUCGGGGGUUCGGAGAUUCUUCCCGGGGCCAGAGGGGCUUCCAAGCUCGUCUUUCCGCGAGGUGCGUGGACCGGAGAACAUCGACGAAAUGUUCGCGUCUGGCGGCAUCUGCGGCUUGUCGAACCUGGGGAACACGUGCUUCCUGAACUCUGCAGUUCAGUGUCUCUCGAAAGUUCUCCCGCUGUCCUACUACUUUCUGAGUGGAAAGUUCGUCGCAGACAUAAACGAAGAGAACGUCAUGGGCACACAGGGCCGCCUCGCCAGGGCCUACCACGCGACGCUGCGGGACAUGUGGUUCGGAGGUGAAUCGUCGCUCGCUCCUCGGGAUUUGAAGGCGGCAGUGGGACGUGUGAGGGAGGAAUUUCUGGGCUACAACCAACAAGACUCCCAGGAGUUAAUUGCUUUUCUUCUCGAUGGUCUCCACGAAGACCUUAAUCGCAUCAAGAAGAAACCGUACUACGAGUCGAAAAUCGAGGGCGGCCCGGAGAAGCCAGACGCGCAAGUGGCUGAGCUCUCAUGGCAGCGCCACAAAGAAAUCAACGACUCGGUGAUUGUCGACUUGUUUCAGGGCCAGUACCGCUCGCGCCUCGAGUGCCCUGCAUGCAGAAAAGUUUCUGUCACGUUUGACCCGUUCAUGUACCUCUCUCUCCCUGUGCCUCCCGAAUGGAGACACCAGGUCGUCUUCACUCUCGGCGUCGACCCCGGGCGUCCAGAAGCCUUCUGCUUUCAGCGCGCCUUCCCCGGAAACCUCGACUACAACACCGCGAAGCAAGUCUGCGUGGACACUGUCGCUCGUCUUGUCUCAGAUGCAGCGAUGCAGACUCUCAGCGUCGAGGAGAAAGAAGUCUUGCGACGGAACGUCUUGUCAAACGUCCAGCUGAAGGAACUUUCGCAGCUGAGCGCGGACAACGUCCUCAUGGUCGCGAAAAACAGAGAAGACCUUGCAGGAGUGUAUUUCUCGGAUGUGAACGCCAAGAUCUUUACAGCAGAGGACACUGUGAGGUUCAGGUUCGACCGAAAGCCGUCGCACAUCUUUGCGUGGCUGAUGCCCUCUCGGAUCGUUCAGGAACUUGAGGCCGGCUCCGGAAAGGACUCUGCGAGGGACGGGCCAGAGGCUGCUGUCGAUGAGUAUUCUUCGGAGCCGACAGCGAAAGGCGAGUGCGCCCGAGGAUCUGCAGGACACACGAGCGACUCUGCGGAGACGAAGACGCCUCCAAUGACUGCCGCCGGGGACGGCGACACAAGUGAAGACCGGUGGAAGACAGACAGUCACACGUCAGGUGACAGCGAGAAGCCGUCCCCAGAAGCAGCUUGUCACCGCAUCAAGAAGAGAAGGUCCAACAGCGCCUGCCUCGGCGCGAGAGGCCUCGCCGAGACCGACACAACUUUCGCCCUCGUCCUCCCCGUCUUCAGAACCCCUUCUGGAGACGUUAGGCCAAUCCAGCGGUGUAUGCCAGUGUUGUUGCCUGUCCCGACGGGCACCACAUGCGAGGAGCUUCACAAGCAAGUGGAGGCCAUCUACCACGACAGCAGUGAAGAAGAGAAGUCCAGCUCGCGGCCGGAAGAGACUCAGCCACGUGAAGAAGAAGGCAGCCCGCAGGGACAGUCCCUGAUCAAUCACGCUGUUGGAUUCAUUCGGAGCUUCUCGGGGCAGUCGGACCUAGCCGAAACUCGGCAGGUCAAGCUCUUGGUGCCUUCAGGGUUUUGCGCGCAGGAAGCACAGAAGAGCGUUCUCAGCCAGGGCGUGAAUUUGCUGGCGAACGGUAUUGGAGGGAAGGCGAGUAACCAGCCGCGGCCUCUCCCAGUCGACAACCAACUUGUGUCGGCGAACGUGAAACCCAAGACGGGAGACUUUGUUAUUCUACUCUAUGCCGACAUGGGAUCGUUCGCAGACAGCGAAAAGGUGGGACCCGCAGAAGGCAUUAGGAUGAUGGGAGCUGUGGAGGUGCAGCCAAGUACGGACAUCUCCGAUUGCCUGCGUCUCUUCUCGGAGCAAGAACGACUGGACGUUGAAAACAUGUGGUACUGCAGCUCGUGCAAAGAGCAUGUCCAGGCCUACAAGAAGCUGGACCUUUGGAAAAUGCCCAAGAUUUUGAUUCUUCAUCUGAAGCGUUUUCACAACAUCGGUCGAUUUACGCGAUCUAAAAUCGGCACUAAAGUCACAUUUCCCUACAAAGCCGGUGACUACCUGGACAUGACUCCGUACAUUCUCCCUGAGAGCCUGGAAAUGAUGCACGCAAAGGAUCAAGGGCUGGCUCCCCUUUACGAGCUGGUGGCGGUGAAUGUUCACUCUGGGGAGCUUGGCGGAGGCCACUACUUCGCGUACGCAAAGCUCCGAGGAAGAUGGUACGAUUUCAACGAUUCUUGGGUGCAGCCCGUAUCAGAAGACUCAUGUCACUCUUCGGACGCGUACAUGUUGUUCUAUCGUCUAAAGCAAGAUGAUUCCGAGUGGCGAAGUGAAACUUCAAUGAACGACGGAUCAGGCACAGAUGCUUCAUCUCAAACUGCACCAGCGCAUGCUCCGUCGAGUCCCAUCGGAGUUAGCAGUCACCUUGUGUGUUAA